AUGAAGAUACAUCGUCGAUUUCGAGUCGCAAAAAGUGAGAAUGAUAAAGAACAUUUAAUAGAAAAUAAAUCUGAACCUAAUCAUUCAAAAAUACGACGUGUAGUAUGGAAAUUUGCAAAAGGAACAUGGAAAGCAUUUAAAAUUGGUUUCAAAACAAGUGUCACUAAUCAACCAUUUUCGGUUGCCCUUGAACCAACAGCGAUAGCGACAACUGUACUAGAAUAUCAAACAUACAAAAGACAGCGACAUCAUUGA